AUGGAAAAUCAAAAGAAUGUGUAUAUCAAGAAAAAUGAUUCUAAAAGGAUUGUAGUUAAGUGUAUGGAAGGCUGCAAGUUUCACUUAAGGUUCAGCAUGAGGAAUGGGCAGAAUUAUUGGCAGAUUGUUAGUUAUGUGAGUGACCAUACUUGUUUUAGAACUGCUGACAACAGGAAUGCUAAGACUCAGUGGCUUGCAAUUAGGUUUACACAAUUGCUAAGGCACAGUCCAUACAUGAAGCCAGCUGGUCUAGUUGCUGAAACACUUCAGAGAUGGGGUUCAAAGAUAACUAUAGAUCAAGUAUAUAGGGCUAAAAGAAAGGCUUUGGAAAUGAUCCAAGGUGCUGGUAUAGAUCAAUUCAGACACUUGAGAAGCUAUGGAGAGGAGUUGUUGAGGUCCAAUCCCAAGAGUACUGUGGUUAUUAAAUGUGCAGAAAACAAUGGCAAUCCAGCAUUUGAGAGAAUCUACAUUUGUUUGGAUGCCUGCAAGUCAGGAUUUGCCACCUACUGUAGACCUAUCAUUGGAUUGGAUGCAUGUUUUCUUAAGGGUGAUUAUGGUGGCCAACUGAUGUCAGCUAUAGGCAGAGAUGCAAACAACCAAAUAUAUCCAAUAGCUUAUGCAGUUGUUGAGGCUGAAACCAAAGACUCAUGGCAGUGGUUCUUGCAUAUACUACUAGAAGAUUUAGGAGCAUUCAAUGAUAGGUGUUAUGGCUUUAUUUCUGACCAACAUAAGGGUUUGGUUCCUGCUAUCCAAGAAUUAGGUGACAACAUGGAGCAAAGAAUGUGUGUCAAACACCUUUAUGGUAAUUGGAAGAAGAAACAUUCUGGUUUGAUGCUUAAACAGGCUAUGUGGGCAGCAGCUAGAGCUACUUGUGUUCCUAUGUUUGAUAGAGAAAUGGAGAAGUUGAAGCUUCUAAAGCCAGAUGCAUGGAAGGACAUGGCUGACAUUCCUGCUAAAUAUUGGUCAAGAUCUCAUUUCAAGACAUUUUCAAAGUGUGAUAUUCAGGUUAAUAACAUGUGUGAGGCAUUUAAUAGGGUAAUUUUAGAGCAUCGAGACAAGCCAAUCAUAACACUUUUGGAAGGAAUCAAGCAUUAUAUCACAAAGAGGAUAACUAAACAGAAGACACUAUUACAGGACUAUGAGGGUGUUAUAUGUCCUAGAAUCCAAUUGCUCAUAGAGAAUAACAAACAGGAGGCACAAAACUGGACCCCCUCUUGGCAUGGAAAUGAUGACUUAUCCAUCUUUAGAGCUACCAAUGGAGUUGAGACUUACUGUGUCAAUCUGAAAAAUGAAUCAUGUAGCUGCAGAAAAUGGGAGUUCAAGCUUACAUUUGGAAAGUGCUAUGCUAACAUUGUGUAUCCAAAUAAUGGACCACAACUUUGGACCAAUGUUGACCAUGUGCCAAUGUCUCCUCCUGUCAUGAGAAGGGCAAUUGGCCGUCCUAAGAAGAUGAGGAACAAAACAUCUGAUGAGCCACAGAAUCCCUUUGUUCUUCCUAAGAAGUUUGGAACUGUCACUUGCAACAAAUGUGGACAAGCUGGACACAACAAGAGGAGUUGUAAGGGAAAGAGGGCAGCUGAUAGGCAGAUACCUAAAGGGGGCAACAAGGCAAAGAAAUCUAAGACAACCAGUAAGGCGAAGAAGAUUAAGGGAAAAGAAAAACCAGUUGAGAUUGGUCAAGGAUCUCAGGCACCUCAACCAACUCAGGAUUAG